AUGAUAAAUAAACCAGAUGUGAGGAUGAAAAUAGAGAAAAAAGAUUUGAAGAAUGUUUGGGCUUUUCAGCAGCUCGUUUCCCAGAGGCAAGUAUCGCAUCCCUCAGAUUGGAAAAAGGUUGUAAUGCCAAUUGACGCAAGUAGAAUAAAGGGAAUAGCGCAGGACUCUUGCACCAGUUCUAGUGUCGGCAAGGACAAGAUUAUUUCAACUAAAAAAGACUGUUGUACUUAG